CCCGAGCGGCGGAGGUGGCGCAACUGCCGCCCCUCCCGAGGCCAAGUUUGAAAAAAGGACGCGGUUCCCGCCAUUUUUCAAGACUAAAAAUAAAACUUUCUUCACCCCGUCUCUUGCUUCCCUUUCGCCUUCCGGGCCUUCUCCCCUCCCAGCUUUCCAGGGCGGGUCCCGGUCGGCCCGGGUGAGCCGUUGUGGCGGCGACUUCGCCCUCCCUCCCGCGCCGGGGCGGCGGAGCCCGGGCCCCCUGGCCGGGAGGCUGGCCCCUCGGUGUGGGCGGGCGGCGGCUCCUCGCGCCAGCCGGGGCGCGCCACAGGCCGAAACAGCGCCAUGUUGGCGGGCAUCCGCCCGCCCCCGGCGGUGGCUGCGGGCCGCCGCUCCCCGGGCGGAGCUCGUCUUGUUUUCUGCCUGCCUGGCCGAGGCUCGGCUGGCUCUGGCGCGAGCCCUGCUCUCCGCCGCCGACUCAUCUUCUCUCCGGAGAGCUCUGGCCUCCUCCUCCCUUCUUAAAAGGGCGAUGCCAGUCUGCGGGGGUGCCAGCGGGCCUCGGAGGCCUCUGCCCCUGCAAGUGCAUAGUGCGGCCGACCGCGGCCGCGUGAGCAGCGGGUGGGCCUUUAAGAAUCGCCUGUUUCUUCUCCGCCCCUGCCCUCCCCGCGAACUGGAGCGGCUUCCCGCGGCCCGGCGCGGGGCCACGGUUCCCGGUCGCCACGCGAGGAGGCCGCGCCUCUGCCAGACCCCCUGGUCGGUUCGAGAACUUGUCCUGGACAAUUGCAAAUCGAAUGAUGGAAAAAUUGAGGGCUUAACAGCUGAAUUUGUGAACUUAGAGUUCCUCAGUUUAAUUAAUGUAGGCUUGAUUUCAGUUUCAAAUCUCCCCAAACUACCAAAAUUGAAAAAGCUUGAGCUCAGUGACAAUAGAAUCUGUGGAAGUCUGGACAUGUUGGCAGAAAAACUUCCAAAUCUCACACAUCUAAAUUUAAGUGGAAAUAAACUGAAAGAUAUCAGCACCUUGGAACCCUUGAAAAAGUUGGAAUGUCUGAAAAGCCUGGAUCUGUUUAACUGUGAGGUUACUAACCUGAACGACUACCGAGACAGCGUCUUCAAGCUCUUGCCCCAGCUGACCUACCUGGAUGGCUAUGACCGAGAGGAUCGAGAAGCUCCUGACUCAGAUGCCGAAGUGGACGGUGUGGAUGAAGAAGAAGAUGAUGAAGAAGGAGAAGAUGAGGAGGACGAGGAGGAUGAGGAUGGUGAGGAGGAAGAGUUUGAUGACGAAGAGGAUGAAGAUGAAGACGAUGAUGUAGAAGGGGAAGAGGAUGAAGAUGAAGUCAGUGGAGAGGAAGAAGAAUUUGGACAUGAUGGAGAAGUUGAUGAAGAUGAAGAUGAUGAGGAUGAGGAUGAAGAUGAAGAGGAGGAAGAAAGCGGGAAAGGUGAAAAGAGGAAGAGAGAAACAGACGAUGAAGGAGAAGAUGAUUAAGAUGCUAAAUAACCUGCAAAAAAAGAACUGUUCAGUAUUGGUUGGACUGCUCGUAUGGAUUUGGUAGCUGUUUAAAAAAAAAAAAAAAAGGUAGCUGUGAUACAAACCCCUGGACACCCACCCACCCAAAGAGCCAAAGAAUAGUUCCUGUGACAUUCCGCCUUCCUCCAUUUAGUCCCUUUUGGAAAUUCACCACCAAGCUUGGGGACUGCACCCCAGCAAAAUUGUAAGCGUUGUUAGGUUUCCAUGUAAGACUCUUGCUGUAGCGUGGAUAGCUGUGAUUGGCGAGUCAGCCGUCUGUGGCUACCACUUACACCAAGAUUGUAACAGCAUUUCUACUUUCUGUACAACAAAGAAGCUUUGUAAAUAAAAUCUUAACAUUU